AUGACACUCCAAUCUCGAGCCCAAGCCCUCGUCAACAAGCAAACCGGCGCCGACGACCGCCUGGCGCGGUCCACCCCAACAUCGCCCACCGUCCCCAACAUUGAAGCCCUCAUCGCGCACGUAGAGCAGCAUGGCUAUGUGAUCAUCCCCGACGCCUUCUCCGCCUCCGAAGCAGACGAAGCGCACGCAGAAAUCGUCCGCCUGACAUCGUCGUCCCUAACAGCCGGGCCAGCGGGCGGCUUUGUAGACAGCGGUACAGACGUCGGCGGCGGCGGCGGCCGGAACAGCUUCGAGGGGUUCAAAACCCGCCGUAUCUACGCCCUCCUCAACAAGUCGCCCGUCUUCUACAAGUUCCCCACGCACCCGGCCCUCCUGGCGCUCAACGAGCACUUCUUGGACCCGGCCUUCCUCCUCAACGCGUUCCACAGCGUCUACAUCCAGCCGGGCGAGGCCCCGCAGGCGCUGCACCACGACGACGGGUACGUCGGGGUGCCGAGGCCCCAUCGGCCUUUCGGGACGGUAAAGUCCUCCUCCUCCCUCUUCUUCCACUGCCAUGACCCGUCACACUAUCCUAACACCCCGCAGGGCGUCAUGGUCGCCCUCGACGACUUUAACCCCACAAACGGCGCGACCGUCGUGAUCCCAGACUCCCACACUUGGGGCCCGGACACCGACGCAGCCUACUCGCCCCAGAGAAAGGACACCGUCCCCAUCGUGAUGCACAAGGGCAGCGCCGUCUUCUUCCUGGGCACCCUCUGGCACGGCGGCGGGGAAAACACCUCGCCCAACCCCAGGCGGGCACUGACGAUCCAGUACUGCCAGCCCUGGGUGCGCCCCCUCGAGAACCAGAUCCUCGCCGUUGAGUGGGACAAGUUGGGCCGGAUGCCCAGGCGGUUGGUGGACUUGCUCGGGUACGAGCCCGGAGCGCCGUUUGUCGGGUACGCGGACGGGGCGCACGCGUGGAAGGUUGUUCAGAGAAGGCUGAGGGAGCAGGAGGAAAGGCGAGGUGGUCGUCAACGGGAGAAGUUGUAA